UCAAAAAAGUAGCAGGAGUUGUCAAACGCGCAGGGAUGAAAAGUAGUUUGCUGGCUGUCUGAGUGAAGCAGAGACAGAUCCCACAAGCAGGGAGUUUGGGAGAAUCUACAGCACUCACUUUACUGGAGGGGACUCACUCUCUUAUUUUUCUUGUGUGCAAAAGGCUCCCAGAAAAAGUGCGUGAAUGUACAACAUGAUGGAAACCGAGCUCAAACCCCCUGCCCCCCAGCAGGCUUCAGGGGGCAACUCAGCCUCUAACAACCAGAAAAACAGCCCGGACCGAGUCAAGAGACCCAUGAACGCCUUCAUGGUGUGGUCCCGGGGGCAGAGGAGGAAGAUGGCCCAGGAGAACCCUAAGAUGCACAACUCGGAGAUCAGUAAGCGGCUGGGGGCCGAGUGGAAGCUGCUGUCCGAGGCUGAGAAGAGACCCUUCAUAGAUGAAGCCAAGAGGCUGCGUGCCCUGCACAUGAAGGAGCAUCCGGAUUAUAAAUACAGGCCCAGGAGGAAAACCAAAACCCUGAUGAAGAAGGAUAAGUACACCCUGCCUGGGGGCUUGCUGGCUCCCGGGGGCAACAGCAUGAGCUCUGGGGUAGGGGCGAGUCUAGGAGCUGGGGUGAACCAGAGGAUGGACAGCUACGCUCAUAUGAAUGGCUGGACUAAUGGGGGCUAUGGCAUGAUGCAAGAGCAGCUGGGCUACCCACAACACCCGGGCUUGAAUGCCCACAACGCGGCUCAGAUGCAGCCCAUGCACCGCUACGACGUGAGUGCGCUCCAGUACAACUCCAUGACCACCUCCCAGAGCUAUAUGAACGGGUCGCCCACCUACAGCAUGUCCUACUCACAGCAAGGGGCUCCAGGGAUGACUCUGGGCUCCAUGGGCUCCGUAGUAAAGUCAGAGUCCAGCUCCAGCCCACCUGUAGUCACCUCUUCUUCUCACUCCAGGGCUCCAUGCCAGGCUGGGGACCUCCGGGACAUGAUCAGCAUGUACCUACCUGGGGCAGAAGUGCCAGAGCCAUCUGCCCAAAGCAGACUCCACAUGUCCCAGCAUUAUCAGAGCGCAUCUGUACCAGGCACAGCCAUCAAUGGCACUCUCCCUCUAUCACAUAUGUGAGAGAAAAGAAACUUUUGUUAGAGUUUGGACUUCUUUUUUUUUUGGACUAUUUUUGUACAGAGAAAAAAAAAUCUGGGGAGGGGGAAACGAACUUGUAUAGAACCAGAGAAAGAAAACUACACAAAACUUAAAAAAGUUCUAGGUAGGAACUUUGCAGAAAAGUUUGCAAAAUACCCUUUACCAAUAAUAUUUAGAGCUAGUCUCAAAAGUGAUGAAAUAUGUUUUAUUAUUUGCAAGCAACUUUUGUACAGUAUUUAUCACAUAAACUUGGCAAUCAAUAAUGCCCUUUGUUUAUAAGCUACCAGUUUGCCAAUCCUUUUAAAGUCCUAGGUCAGUGCAGCUAUUAUUUAGGGAAAACUGCAGAAAAGGGACACUUUAUUGUUUUUUACAUUUGGACAUUUUAAUCGUUUAGCUUAAUUGUAAGAAAUUGAAAAAUAUAUAAUAUGACAAGUACUGGCAAAACCAAUUCAUUGGUUUUCCAUUUUUAAAAAGGGCAAAGUGUACUCAUUUUAUUUUUAUUUUUCUGAUUGUUUAAAGCAAAAAGUGUCCGUAAUCAAUCCAACAGUUGUUAAUUUAUAAUAGUCUGUAUCAACCUUUUCAUCCUGUUCAGAUAAAAAAAGCAACAUAAAACUACUGUGUUUGAAAUAUUUUCUUAUGGUUUGUAACAUUUAUGUAAAUUUAUUGUGCUGAUAUUUUAAGGUUUUUUUUUUCCCUCUCAUUUUUCAGUAGAUGUAUUUUAAAGAAUCGGCUCUGUUUUAUUCUAAUCAGUUAGCCGAAAAGUCCAUGUAUAUAUUUGAACUAAUACCACCCUUAUAACAGGUACAUUUUCAACUUAAGUUUUUACUCCAUUAUGCACAGUUUGAGAUAAAUAAAUUUUUGAAAUAUGGAAUCUGA